ACAGCGCCGGGCCCGGCAUGGCGGAGGCGGGGGAGGCGGCUGUGCUGGCCUGGAUGGACCAGGCGCUCGACGUGGCCAAGGAGGCGCUGGAGAAAGGAGAGGUUCCCGUGGGCUGCCUGCUGGUCUACAACGGCGAGGUCAUAGGCAGGGGCAGGAACGAGGUCAACGAGACGAAGGACGCUACUCGACAUGCAGAAAUGGUGGCAAUCGACCAGGUCCUUGACUGGUGCAAGCAACACAAGAGGGAUUAUAGGGAAGUGUUUCCACAGCUGGUGUUGUACGUAACUGUAGAGCCCUGUAUCAUGUGUGCAGCUGCUGUGCGCUUGAUGAAAAUUCCACGGGUCGUGUAUGGCUGUCGAAAUGAGCGAUUUGGAGGCUGUGGCUCCGUUUUGAGCAUCUCGUCCGAUGAUAUGGUGGACUCAGGAGACCCAUUUGAAUGCUCUUCUGGCUAUCGUGCUGAAGAAGCAGUGGAAUUGUUAAAAGCUUUCUACAGACAAGAAAAUCCCAAUGCACCAAAAUCAAAAGUACGGAAAAAGGAUCGGCGUCAGUAGCCCUACACCGGUGGGACACAGAAACCUACCAGAAAAUGAUAGGUUUCUUCAGCAUACUGUUUUUUUAAAAUGUACAGUUCAAUCAAACUAUGUUUCAUUUUCUCCACAGAGUUUUUACUAAUAGGAUACUUAGUACCUGCUCCUGUGUUCCUAUAUUUAUGAUUUCUUGUUAGCAUGACAAAACAAGAGAAUAAAUGGCUGUUUUUGGAAAGAGGAAAAUUGGUGGUUCAAGUCCACUCAUUUACAGACAGAUCCAUUAAUAUGGUGCUUUCUAGAACACAUUCUAGGAUAUUUUUUUUCCUUCUAUGUAUGGAGAAGCAUCUUGCUUUUCUAUAGGAAAUGUUUGUUUAGGCAAGCAAGUUACUCUCUUGGAAGGUUACAUUUUUAAGUCCCUUACAGUCUGUGUGUGUAUAUGUAUUCAAAAGGAAUUGUACAAUCCUUGAAGACUUAGGACCAUUGCAAAUAUUUCCUUGGUUUUUUUCUACCUUAGAACAAACCAGAUUUUCAGAGGUAACUUCUGAAAGUCACAUGCCUGUGUAGACAGGGACAUACACACAAUCAUGUGUCUGUGUGUGCUGUUGCUUAGUAAGUAAGAAUAAGCAAAUAUCAUUUGGCUGUGCAGCACUUUCAGACAAAGUUGUGGAGAAACUCUCCACAACUCUCUUUAGACUAUCCACUCCUGUUGUGAAUAUCAGUGUAAGAAAUACUUUAUUUUUAAGUAUCCACUAAGAAGUUUUCUCAGCUCCUAAAUUAUAGUAACCAAGAUGGGCAGAUAAAAGUAAAAACCAGGAAAUGAAGUUGGUAAUAACAUGAAUAUAAUAUAUUUAAGAUAUUUAUCUUUUCAUAAUGUUGGUUGGCUUUGUCAUUUCCGUGUUCUUUGCUUGGCCAUGCAGUAAUUUAUAAUCCAGAAGAGGGCCUUCAAGAUCCACUAAUGAAUUAAGAGUAGAAGAACGGUUCAAUCUUGAUUGUAUACCUUUUAGUGGAUACUUACAUGAAGGGUGAAAUUGUUUGUAGUUUAUUUGGCUGUUAUUCAGAAAUUUGAGAAAUGCCAUAGCUUUUUUAUUUUAUGCAGAAGAGUGUUCAAAAUUUUAUAACUAUAAAAAAUGAAUACUAUUAAGCUUUUUAGAUAUUUCAAAUAAAUACUUUAAAAA